GUUGCCGUAAAAGUUCAUUUGAUUUAUAUUCAAUGCACAACACAAUGUGUCUUCUGAGCUAAGCUCUGCUGGUCUUCCAGUAUUAGCUGAUGUAUUAACGUAUCCGCUGCGAACCGCUGCCAAUUGGCUAUGGAUAUGUGCAACUGACACGAGCCAAAAUACAGUGAUACAUAAUAAUUGUGAACCAUGAGUCAACCACAUCAACAACAUGAGCACUUGCAACGACUUCGCCGACGUUGCCGCCAGCCAGUCGACCCAUGCGAGUGUUUACGUCCUGUGAUAAGGGCUUUUGGUCUGCUGACUUCAUUCGUUAUCUGCGGGGUGGGCGUUGAUGUCUACAUGCACGGCUAUCCGGCUGGUCUCUUUAUACUUUUUUCAGCUUUCCUGGUGCUGUUCAUUGAGUUAAAAUGGCUGAUAACCAUAUUUCUGCAGCUUCAAUACUACGGCGAAUCCUCCUGUUUGGGUUGUUGGCGUCUGACCACGUUGCUCGGUGGCUGGCGACCGGCGCCCAUAUAUGUCGCCAUGGGCGUGGCUCUGAUACUGUAUCCGCAUAAUCUCUGGCUGAGCUAUGUGGCUGGCAUGUUUCUACUGCUACUGGCGCUGUUCCGUCUAUGCACGCUGCUCAGAUUCGGUGGAGGAGGAGCCGGUCACUUCAAGGACGAGGGUCUGCUGCCACAAUGCGAUUUUGAGAAAGUUUCCAGUUUUGUGGACAGCGUCGAGGAUGACUUCGCCGAGGUCGGCGCCUCGCAGCAGGACGACGAGGAGCCGACUAUAGACGAUGAUGCUUGCUAAUAGUUAAAUAUAUUUUAUAUUUUCCACGAGCUAUAAAUUUAGCUUACUGCCUUUUGCUACUUUGUUACAUUGACUUUUACAGUAAAUUUGCUGCCGGCAGUCAAGGACGUAAUAAACGUUUCAUGAA